AUGUCACCAUUACUUAAGUUCACUUAUACCAUUGCUGUGAUUUUAAUCGUCUUCUUCACCAGCCCAUUUGUUUGUCUAUCUGUAUGUCCAAAGAAGGAAUCUGAAGCUCUUCUUUCCUUGAGCUUUACAUUCAAACUGACGGAUAGCUCUACUCCAUGGACAAAUGAGACAGACUGCUGCGAGUGGCAUGGCAUAAAAUGCGAUGAAAACAACAGCCAUGUACUGGGGAUAUCAGUUGGGAUAAUGGAGGGGUUACUAAUCGACGACGGAAUAAGAGGAGGAGUCAUAGCUGAUAGCCUGUGCAAACUUCCGUUUCUUACACGGCUAGACAUAUGGGACACUGGCGCAACAGGUACUCUUUCUUCCUGUUUGGGAGAUCUCCAAUAUCUUCAGUUUCUACGGAUAGUGAAUAGUAGAUUGAGUGGGAUAAUACCCCUAAGCAUUUGUAUGCUAACAAAUCUGACUGAGCUUAAUCUUGGAGGCAACCAAUUGAGUGGAAGCUUGCCAUUUUGUCUGAACAAACUUUCUUCUUUGAGUAGCCUCUCCCUUGCAAACAAUCGAUUAAGUGGCCAAAUCCCAUUUACAUGGGGUGAUCUCGCUUUGCUUAAAAGCUUGGAUGUAUCUUUCAACCAAUUGAGUGGGAAUCUUCCCUCGUCCUUUGUAGGGCUGUCCUCCCUUACUGAGCUCUACGCCAAUGGAAAUAGAUUCAAUCAGAGUAACCCUUCUUGGGGUUUUCCAUCCUCUAUUCAAACUCUUCACCUCUCACUAAACCACGAGCUCACAAUUUCUGACACUUUUUUCCAUAACCUUACCAAAUUAGAACAUUUAUCUCUAUCCAACUGCACACUAAAUAUUAGUACAUCCUGGAUUCCCAACUUCCAGCUCGUUGAGUUAGAACUUGUAUUAUGUCAGAUGGAUGGUCAAAUUCCACCAUGGAUUUCAACUCAGUUCUCGUUGGGUUCCUUGACAUUAGCGAACAACGGUGUUGCUGGAGAAAUUCCCUCUUGGCUAUGGGCUACUUCCUUAUCAGAACUAAAUCUCUCACAAAAUCAUCUGCAUGGGCCCCUUUUCCCAAAUGUUCCGAAUUCUGUGAUCUCAGUCUUGGAUGUAUCUAGCAAUGCAUUAAAUGGAUGCAUACCUUCCUUGUGGCCAAGAAUUGAAUACUCACCUCCCCAGGGAUUUUUGUUGAUGCUCAAUGACAAUAUGUUUACCGGCAACAUCCCUCCAAAUUUGUGCAAAUUGUCUCCAAGCGUAAAGUUAAAUCUUGAAAACAACAAGUUGGAUGGAAUGAUUCCCUGGUGCUUAAUUGAAGAUGGAUCUACAGUUGACUACUUAAACUUAGGAGGUAAUAGUCUGGAGGGAAGGAUGCCCCAAGGGUUUAUCGUCUCGUCCGGCAUCACGUCCUUGGUGAUAAGAAAUAAUCAGCUCAGCGGAGCCUUCCUUCCCUCAUUUACCAAUCAUACAGUUUUACGAAUACUUGAUAUUGGGUACAACAAAUUCACAGGACAUCUUCCAAAGUCAAUCGGGAAGAUUUCAGCUCUUCAAGUGCUGGUAAUGAAUGACAAUCAGUUCAGCGGUGAAAUUCUUUCAGAAAUAGGCGAUCUGAAGCAGCUUCAGAUCUUAGACCUCUCGUCCAACAACUUGUCAGGCUCUAUUCCACACAACAUUGUAUUUUUAGAAGCAAUGGCUGUAGCAAGAGAGGAUGCCUAUGCGACGUACAGUGAAUUAAACUAUGGAGGCUAUGUAAUCAGGAAGUUUUUUUCUCUUGGUGGACUGGAUGUGACUUCGAAAGGUACAAAACAAUAUUACCCAUAUAUUCUUUCUACAUUCACUGGCAUAGAUCUCUCGAACAAUCAAUUGAAUGGAGAUGUUCCUUUUGAUGUUGGAAAAAUGAAGGGGUUGAUAUUUCUGAAUCUAUCAAUGAACAAUCUAAGUGGAAUUAUUCCACAUAGUUUUGGGGAUAUGAGUCAACUUGAAUCGUUGGACCUUUCUUCCAACAAGUUUUCAGGAAAUAUUCCAUCAGAGCUUCAAUCUUUGAGCUAUUUGGGAUAUUUAAAUUUGUCCAACAACAAUCUUUCUGGAAAUAUACCGCAAGGAGGACAGAUGAUCACAUUUGAAAACACAUCAUAUUCUGGAAAUCAAUAUUUGCAAGGGUGCCCACUUCCAAGGAAUUGCUCUUGGCCGAAAUUUGCACCUCCUCCCCCCGUAAGUGCUGCUGAAAAUAAAGAUGAAAAGGAGAGUGAGCAGAUUCCGUGGUAUCAAAUUGGAGUAGGAUGGUCAUAUGGAGCAGGUUUUCUGAUUGUUGUAGUGUUAUUGCUUUCAGUAAGAGAGAGGUGGAGAAGGAAAUACUUCAAGAGGGUUGACGAUCUUCUGAAGUUUAUGUUUCCUUUCAUGCGUAAUAGGAGAUUAUGA